CUGGGAAGGAAAUGGGUCACCUGUCUGUAGGAAGUGGCUUGGGACUCCAAGUCUUCUUUGUACUAGGCCAGACUUCAACUAGGACUCCCUUUCUGAGUAGCUGGAAACCAGUGAACAAGGGAAAAUCCAAGAGGUUUUUUUUUAGUGGCACUCUCUGAAAGUGGGCUCCAACUGCAUACUGGACUUUCGAGGAGGACCUUCCUGAAGGCAGAGUCAGACCAGAUUACCUCAGUGCCUUAACUAGGUGGCUGCCCUGAGGAAUUCAGUGUCAGCAGCCUCUGGGUGCAUGUGAGGCUGCCUGGUGACCUAGUGUGACAACACCUCUGUUCCAGUUCUGUCAACACUUCUUGCCCCUCCCUUCACCGCUCCGAGGGCGCAUCAGGAAACGGACCAAAGAAUGGUGUCAUUUCAGAGUUGGAAGGGACCUUAGAGAUCAUCAGACCUUGGAGACGGGCGUAUCUUUCCUGCGAACUUGUCAGUGUGAGCUCAACCAGCUUGGUAAUAAAUGUUACUUAUAGAAUACAGGAGCAAGAGGCGAGGGACUGAGAAUGGGCGGGGGAUGGGGUUCGAGGUGUUCCCCAGUCCCCUCCUUCUUCGUGCGGCCGCCAGAGGCCGCUGCUCCCUGGUCCCCGCUGGCCACCCCCUCACAGACACUGGUCCCGCUGUCCCCACUGUCCCGGCUGGGGCUCUCGUGGCUUAACGGGGCUCGGCGGUGCUGCGCUGCGCUCUUCUGUGCUGCGUUCUCCUGCGCUGUGCCCGGCGCUGUCCCAGGAGUGGUCGCAGGCUGCUGGCGGGUGGUGCAGGGCUAGGGGAGCGGAGGCGGCCCGCAGCGGACAAAUACGCAGCGGCUGCGCGCUUUUUACCCUUUUGAGGCGGGAGAACCAGAGAGAGGCAGCUGAGCCGAGCUCCGCAGAGCUGGGCUGGGCCGAGCCCGGAGCUUCUCAGUGCCGGAGUGGCACCCUCGAAGACAGUCUGGCUGGUGUCCAACUGCACCGAGAGCUCAGCGACUUGGUGACGGAGAUCCAGCGGUUCCAGACAGUGCCCGACCGAACGAAACCGGGUCAGUGCAGCGACUGCAGAGCGGCAACGGCUCUUUCCCGGCUACAGGCUCUCAGGUCCUUGGUCCUCAAGUGUAGGAGCAGGCGCGACCUCUGGUUCGGUGGGCAGAAGCGGCCGCAGGUGGAGUCAGUUUGAGUCCAGUGUAUUUACAGGCAAUAGCUGGGAGCCCAGUAAGAGAAUGAGUGAGAGGGACUUUUGGAGCUGGAGCACAGGAUUCUGUCUUUUGGUGCUCUGCUUGGCCACACCAUGGGCACGGCUGGCAUUUGCUUCAUCACAUCCUCGGACUCACACAGUACAUGUGGAACCUGGCACCUGUGAAGUGAUUGCUGCCCAUCGAUGCUGCAACCGGAACCGAAUUGAAGAGCGAUCCCAGACAGUCAAAUGUUCCUGCUUCCCAGGCCAAGUGGCAGGGACCACUAGGGCAAAACCUUCCUGUGUGGAUGCCUCCAUUGUCCUGCAGAAGUGGUGGUGUCAGAUGCAGCCCUGCCUACCUGAGGAGGAGUGUAAGGUGCUCCCAGACCUGUCCGGAUGGAGCUGUAGCAGUGGGAACAAGGUCAAAACCACCAAGGUCACACGAUAGCCCUUGAGGACACAUCCUGGCCUGGAGAGGAGCAAUGGAAGCAUGAGCCAAAGAAGGCUUGAGAGGAACCAGGGUCCUAGAAGAUGGGAAUAAUUGGAAGCUCUUGGGUGGACCUGUCUCAUCAGAAUUGCAAAGCAAUGGAAACACUGUCCUCUGGUGGACCUGAACAUCAUUGCAGCAAUCUCUUUCCAAGGGGCAUUUCCAUUAAGCAAGUGGCAAGGGUUUCCAGAAUAUCCUCUGUGGAGAGCUCUGUGCGAAGUGAAGACAUAUAUGCCAUAAUUCCUGUCCUGAGGGAGCGUACAGUCUAGCUGAGGAGACCAGACACACACAGGAAACUGUGAGAGAUAAGUGAGUGCUAGAACUAUCAUUUUUGAAGCUAUUAGGGGAUAGUGGAAGUCAGGAAAUUAGAUUCUCUGUCUUUCAGGCCUCCCCCUCUCCCUGGGCUCAUGUUAGCAAGUUAGGGAAAUCACAUCCAUUGUUCCCAGCUGAAUCAAAUGUCUUCAUGAAGCUGCUAAUAUUCUGAAGGAAACAUUCCUCUCUGAGCACAAGUCGGCAAUGGCGUCAUUCCUUUUGGAUGAAUGAGAGGCAUGUGGGAGGAUACGAGACAACAACAUCCCGAUGGAGUUUGUGCGGGGGGGGGGGGGUCUGUUAAGCAAUUGUUUCCGUAGAAUUUUGGGGUGGGACCUUAUAAGAGCCUCCUUAAAAGAGGAAAGGGUCCUUAAAAGAACUUCUAUGAGCAGAGCAAAUAAAAUGGCAGAGCCUUGUAGAAAGAACACUGGGCUUAGAGUCAAGACCUGGAUUAGAGUCUUGGCUCUGCCAUUUACUGGCUGUGUGGCCUUGGGCAAGGAUCUUAACCUUUAUGACCCAAAGUUUUCUCAUCUGUUAAACUGUAUAUCUCUAGGUCCCUUCAAAGAAUUCUUUAUUUUUAUGAUUCUAUGAGAUUCUUUGAGAUAAUGGAUAUAAAGGUGUUUUGUAGUUUUUAAAGUACUACAUGAAGGUAAGAGUAUUACUCUCACAUAAUCCAGCCCCUCUCCUCAAAUUUUUUUUUAACAAAUGAAGAAAGUGAGGUCAGAAUGGCUAAUUGACUUGCCCAAGGUCACAUAGCUAGUUUUUCCCUUGCUGUAAAGCCAUUAUCUUCUGUCUGUCCUGUGAGUUUGGGGUUUUAACUGGAAUGAGAUUGAGAAAUGGGGUGUUUAAAUAAGGGUUGCUCAUCAUGUAGCUCUUUUCCUAAGUCUAGGAGCAUGAUGUGGUCUGACUCAGGGAAGGGAGGAGAUAAGGAGUGGGGAUGGAGAUCAGAGUGGAGUUGUCAAAUUCUGUUGUCCCUUGUAUCCAGGAAUCUCCCGCUGAGGGCUGGAUACCCUCUCAAAAUUUAACUGCACAGUCUCAGCAUACGGAGCAACUCUCAACCCCAAUCCCUGAAGAGUCCAAAGCAUUGAGUUGACCUUCAAAGGUCAUCUGUGUCCAAAAGCAUUUUGAGUGAAUGCUGUUGUGUUACAUCCACCUACUCCUGAUCCUUAGGCAGAUAGAAGCGAGGGAUUUGUGUCUCCUAUCCAUCAUAGCCAAACUGGUGUAGUUCUUAUAGACCCCCAGUAUUCAGAGUCAGAAGGAGCCUUAGAGACAAUCUUCCCCUUGUUCUGCAAAAGAAUAAGGAACCCAGGGCCAGAGAAAUGAAAUAAAUCACCCUAGGUUGAACAGGUAGUUAGCAGCAGAGCCAGGACCGGACUCAGGUCUUCUAAAACCCAGUCAGGUUCUUUUUCCUCUAUAACACAUGUCCCUGGAGCCAGAAUCAGGGGGGUCCAAGGAUGGGAUAUGGUCUUUGGCAGGAUCAGGUUUGGGGGGAAUGAGAGUAUUGGAGGAGAAGUUGGUGACUGAAUGGUCAAGUUGAAGAAAAAAAAACUUGUUGAAGACUUCUGGGCCAUGGAUACCCCAAGUGGAUCCUGAAUAUAAAAAUGGUAGUGACUCAGGUUUGGGAGGAAAGAACUAUUGGGGUAGAAGGAACUGUAAGGCUGAAUGUUGAUCCAGAUGAGGCUGCCAAGCCUUGAAGGAAUUAUAGAAUGUCAGAAUAAGUCUCAGAGGUCAUCCUGACCAAGUCAUACCUGGAUAGAACUCCCCUCUUCACAUCCCCAACAAAUGGUCAUCUAGUCUCAAGUUGAAGACCUCCAGUUAUGGGGAAUCCAACAAGAGGGGGCUCUCCAGGCAAGUAAGGGAAUGCCUGGGCUCCCCCAACCCCAGCCCAGCCCUUGGUCCUAUCUCUUCCUCAGGAGAGUACAUACCUGCCUGAUACUCUCUAUCUCCUCUCAAUGCUGCUCUGUCCUAUUUCGUGUUGUUGUUGCUAAGUGGUGUGAUGGAUAGAGUGCUGGGCCUGGAAUCAGGAAGACCUGAGUUCAAAUUGGGCCUCAGACACU